AGAAGAAAGAACCGAACUAACCGUCCGAAGAAUCCAGGGAAAUGGGAGAGCUUCCUCUCUUUUCAGGAGUGUCCACAUUCAGACAGGUACCUGCACAAAACACAGACAGACAGACACAAAGACCUCACCACUUCAGACAUACUACAUACGUACAAAAGGUAAACGUAGACGUGUACAAUAUGCAGGCAAAGAGACAUAUGAUAUAUCACAGCAACAGUAAGCAGUCAGAGGUAUCACAGCAGAUGAGACAAAGAAACAGAGAUAUCACAGCAACAGUAUGCAGGCAAAGGUAUCACAGCAGA